AUGAAUAGACAAGAGACAGAAAUUGACACCACCAACGAUGAUAUAAUUCAAAAUCUUUUACAAUGUGAUGACGAGGAGCAAUUGGUAGAGACUGCCGAUAGGUUAAAAUUAUGGAACUACAAGCCAGUUGUCAAAAGGAUUGCUGAAGUCUGCGGAUAUAGAGUACUUGAAAGUGCCUCUGAGGAAUUACGUAACGAUAGAGAAGUAGCAUUGGCAAUUGUCAAGAACGAAGGACUUUCACUCAAAUUUCUUCCUGAACAGUUUAAAAGUGAUAGAGAGAUAGUUCUACAUGCUGUCAAAUCACAUGCUCAUGCACUUAAAUUUGUCACUGAUCAUGCAUUGAGAAAUGAUAGAGAGAUUAUCUUGACAGCUAUAAGACGGGAUGGAUAUGCAGUUCAAUAUGCAUCUGAGGAAUUGAGAAAUGACAGAGAAAUAAUGUUGACAGCUGUCCAACAUCAUGGAUAUGAAAUUCACUUUGCUUCAAAAGAAUUAACAAACGACAGAGAAAUUGUAUUGACAUCUGUAAAACAACAUGGUGAUACUCUUAAGAAUGCUUCAGAAGAACUUCAAAAUGAUAGAGAAAUUGUCUUGACAGCUGUCAAACAACAUGGAUCAGCACUUCAGUAUGCUUCUGAAAAUUUAAGAAACGACAGAGAAAUAGUUUUACAAGCUGUUAAAAAAGAUGAAUCUUCACUUGAAUUUGUAGGAGAAUUAUUAAAGAAUGAAAGUGAAAUAAUUAGAAAGGAAGCAAGAGAAAUGAAUUGA